AUGCCCGAGUCCCGUCCGAGAAAGAGUCCAGCGCGGUCGCGCAAGGGGUGUCCGGAAUGCCGAGAACGCAAAAUAAAAUGUGACGAAACUCGGCCCAAGUGCAAGCAAUGCCUCAAAAGUGGGCGUAGCUGUCGCAUCAUCGACGGACUCUUCCGGCCGCAUUCCCUUUCGAUUCCAACAACAACCAAGUCGCCAUCCCGUCUGCAAAGGUCUCCAAGGCCGACGCAGGAAGAUAAUUAUUCUCCGACCUUUGCAACUCCAUGCGCAGAGGUCAAUCGAAGCCAGGACCGUCCCACAACACCAGCAACAGCUCACGAUCACGUAUCGACGGCCUCGCUGGCAAGGGAAAAGGGAUUGGUUCCAAUUGGAGGCUUACUGGAGCAUUUUUCACCGCCAGGUACACUCCAUGUCACCGUUGAUACGCCCCCAGUUUCAUCUUUGCACUCUCCAAACUUGCCUAUCACUGCCAGUCCAGCCGUGACGCAGGACUAUUCAACGGUAGUCGAAAACACUCCUCGGCCAAAUCCUGCCAUUGUCGCUCCUAUAGCAGAGGAAACCCAUCAUGAUCGCGUCGAGGUUGCAUUUUUCCUCCGUCACUUUGCAGAUCUCGGCGGGCAAUGGAUGGACAUUUGUACUGGACAGCGGUCCUAUUUUAGUCAAUACAUCAUCCAGCUGUCAAGCCAGAGCCCUCUCAUCCGCUACUCUGCCUGCGCUAUGGCUGCGAAACAACUUGGUCAGAUGAAAGACUUGAAUCAAGCGACAGAGGUGACCCGUCGAUCCAGCAUUUCCGCAUCUAGUAUGCUCCGGUCGAGCAUCGAUUUUGAGUGGUAUGGAGCGAAGUAUUACGAGAAGGCGAUUUUACUGAUGGCCCGUCAAAUUUCACAUGACCAUUCCAUCGUCGAAAAUCACUUGUCACCCGGUGAGAUCUACUGCUCCCCUGGAAGCGAUAGUAAUCACCUUGACGAUCAUGAAACGACAUCAUCUGCAUUUCGAAUCGUCGCAGCGUGUAUUCUGAGCUCCUACGAGGAGCUUAAUGCAACAAUGCGGGCUUGGACAAGCCAUCUGGAUGGCAUCAGCAAAUUAUUCCGCCCACACUUGGAGCUCGCGGUUGAUCUAGAUAACUUUUAUCGAGUACCUCAAUCGCUACGGGCGUUGAAGGCAUCGUUCUGGUAUUUUGCUUUAAAUGAUAUGCUGAAUAGCUUGACUCUGCAUCAGGAAUGUCGUAUUAACGUCGAGAAUAUCUCUCUUUGGCAAGGAAUGGGUCUGCCCCUCGGACAACAUGGAGAGCUAGCACUGAAUCUUAUCAACGAGGCGCCGGUAGAAACAAUAUAUUUCAGCAUGCUCGUUUACAUCCUAUGCAAGAUAGUGAAUAAGGUCAACAGGAACAGCACACCUUCAAGUUGGGACAGCGUCGAUACAGAUCUAAACCAGUGGUAUAAGGCCCUACCACCGGAAUUUCUUUGCCCGAUCACACAACCCCUCUCAACGAUAGCACAAGAGUCGCAAGAGCCACCGGAGACGUGGUUUGGCUCGGAUACCUGUGCCAUCGCUAUGGCAUUCUAUCACAUGGCACGAAUCCUUCAACUGAUCAAUGAGCCCCAAAAGUGCGAUCCGGUAGCGUCUUAUAAGCCGCGUGACCUACUCAGUACCUACAAUGCACUCCAACGCGGUUUGACUCAUCAUUCAGGUCAGAUUCUCUCUAUAGCGAGUGGGAUGACCGGGGUGACGGUGCAAAAGUAUAUGCUCCAACCACUCUACAUCGCUGGACGAUGUGUGUCCUCGGAGGAAAGACGGCAUGUCGUGGAUCGUUUGCGUCGAAUCGAGGAGUCUCUUGGCUUGGCUACUGAAUACCGUGUCAGAGACUUGGGUGAAGAAUGGGGUAUUUCUUCGAGUUAUGACUGGCUGUCUGCAGGUAAAUAA